AAACGUUCAGAUCCGGAGAGCCAAGUCUACGUUCAAUGCGGCAUUUUUUAGAGAGAGAAACAGAGAAACAGAGAAACAGAGGGGAGAGAGAGAGAGAGAUGCAAAUUAAAGAGGCGAAUGUUCACAGACUCCCACGUCGUCUUCUUCCUCUCCUCCCUCGCUCGGGGCGGGCUGGAGUAGUAGCUAUUUAUAUGUCUCGGCCCUUGUUUCCCGGUACUCUGUUCUGUUCCUUCCUCUAAGCUUCAGCUCCUCCUCCUCUGUUCUUGUUCUUAUUCUUCUUCUUCUUCUUCUUCUUCUUCUCUGGGCCUGCUGUGACAUUUCUUGCCGACGGAGAUUACAUCGCAGACAGAGACCCUCUUCCCGCUACAUCAGUUUUCGGAGAACCCACAGUUGGGUUCUUGUUGGGCCGCCCCUUGCGUGCCCCUCUGUCGCUUCUCUUGCCUCCUUGUCCACUCUGUUCUCGUUCUGCCUUAAGAAGAAGACUUCGAGCCAGUUCCCUCUCUUCAUCGCAGUAAUCAUUCAUUCAUUAUUAUUUGGAGCUUUUGUUGGGGUCUUAGCUCGAGGCCUGCUUUGGGCGUUGGUGGUGUCUUGUCUCUGUCCCAGAGACCAGAGCCACUGACAGGCUCAAUUGACUGGAAUCCUUGUUUCUCUGUGGGGUCUUUGCUGUGAUGAGGCUCUCCUCCACUGCGCUCACAGCUGCAUUUUUUCAGUGAACAAUCAUCUGGGCAGGAACAAGAAUUUGAUCUUUUUCUCGUCGACUGUCUCUUUCUUGGAAAAGAGUCUGCUCAGCUGUCUGCAGCUAACUCAAGAUUCGAGAAUGCCAGGGGGCAGAAGGAGAAAGCUGCGUCUUAGCAAGAUCUACUCAUUCAGGUGUGGGAGAUCGUCCUUCAAGGAGGACCAUUCGCAGAUUGGUGGACCCGGGUUCUCACGGGUCGUCUAUUGCAACGAACCCGAUUGCUUCGAGUCCGGCGUUAGGAACUAUAGGACUAACUACGUUCGGACGACAAAGUACACCGUUGCUACUUUCUUGCCGAAGUCACUGUUUGAGCAGUUCAGGAGGGUGGCCAAUUUCUACUUUCUCGUCACUGGUGUUCUCGCCUUCACUCCUCUAGCUCCUUACACUGCUGUCAGUGCAAUCGUCCCUCUCAUCAUUAUCGUCGGAGCGACCAUGGUUAAAGAAGGCAUUGAGGAUUGGCGGCGGAAACAGCAGGAUAUUGAGGUUAACAGAAGAAAGGUCAAAUUUCACAAAAGUGGCGGGGUUUUCGACUGUACGGAGUGGAAGAAUUUGAAAGUUGGAGAGAUAGUGAAGGUAAACAAGGACGAAUUCUUCCCUGCAGACCUUCUCUUGCUCUCAUCCAGUUAUGACGAUGCGAUUUGCUAUGUGGAGACCAUGAACCUCGAUGGUGAAACCAACUUAAAAGUGAAACAAGGACUGGAGGCAACAUCGAGUUUGCAUACUGAUUCGAGCUUUCAAGACUUCAAGGCACUCGUUAAAUGUGAAGACCCGAAUGCCAACUUGUAUUCUUUUGUUGGGAGCAUGGAGUUUCAAGAUAAUCAAUACCCGCUCUCACCUCAGCAGCUCCUCCUUCGAGACUCAAAACUUCGAAACACAGACUACAUAUUUGGGGCGGUUAUCUUUACUGGUCAUGACACGAAGGUAAUGCAGAACUCAACUGACCCGCCCUCAAAGAGGAGUAAGAUUGAGAAGAAGAUGGACCUCAUUAUCUACGUCUUGUUCCUGAUCUUGUUCUCAAUGUCUUUUAUUGGAUCCAUUCUCUUUGGCAUUUGGACUAAAGAAGAUUACCACAAUGGCAAAAUGAAGAGAUGGUAUCUUAGGCCCGACAGUUCAACAGUUUUCUUUGAUCCUGGAAGAGCUCCGAUGGCAGCAGUAUAUCACUUCCUCACUGGGCUGAUGCUUUUUAAUUACUUCAUCCCAAUCUCAUUAUAUGUAUCAAUAGAGGUUGUAAAAGUUCUUCAGACCAUCUUCAUCAAUCAAGACAUUCUCAUGUACUAUGAAGAAACUGAUCGUCCUGCUCAUGCUCGAACCUCGAAUUUGAAUGAGGAACUUGGUCAGGUUGAUACGAUACUUUCUGAUAAGACGGGAACUUUAACAUGCAAUUCUAUGGAGUUUGUUAAGUGUUCUAUCGGGGGGACCGCCUAUGGGUGUGCAGUCACAGAGGUUGAGAGGACUCUGGAGCGAAGGAAAUCUUAUGGAUACAAUCACACUGAGCAUUCAAAUGAGACUAAAUCGUCGCCCAUUAAGGGCUACAAUUUUAAUGAUGAGAGGAUCGAGAAUGCCAAUUGGGUGAAAGAGGAACACUCGGACGUGAUUCAGAAAUUCUUCCGUUUACUGGCACUUUGUCACACAGCCAUUCCCGAAGUGGAUGAUGAAACUGGGAAAAUCUUAUAUGAAGCUGAGUCACCAGACGAGGCUUCUUUCGUGAUUGCAGCAAGAAAGCUCGGGUUCGAGUUUUAUAAGAGGACCCAGACGAGCAUCUCAUUGCAUGAGCUAGAUCCUGCCUCUGGUCAGAAAGUAGAAAGGGUCUAUCAGCUAUUAGAUGUCCUAGAAUUCAACAGUUCAAGAAAGAGGAUGUCUGUGAUAGUGAGGGACGAGGAAGGAAAGCUACUUAUAUUUAGCAAAGGAGCCGACAGUGUAAUGUUUGAAAGGCUUGCUAAAAGCGGUAGGGAGUUUGAAGAGGAUACACGGGUACAUGUGCAUGGAUAUGCAGAUGCAGGUCUGAGGACCCUCAUACUUGCUUGUCGAGAACUCGAUGAGGAAGAAUACAGAAAUUUCAGCAAGAAACUGAACGAGGCCAAGAACUCGGUAUCUGCUGAUCGCGACACACUUGUCGAUGGGGUGACAGAGGAAAUUGAGAAGGAUCUGAUUCUUCUUGGCGCCACUGCUGUUGAGGAUAAACUGCAGAAUGGGGUUUCCGAUUGCAUUGACAAGCUUGCACAAGCUGGAAUCAAAAUAUGGGUUUUGACCGGAGACAAGAUGGAGACUGCAAUCAAUAUUGGGUUUGCUUGUAGCCUUCUUAGGCAAGGGAUGAAGCAGAUUAUAAUCACUUUAGAGACUCCAGAAAUAAAAGCACUGGAGAAGGCAGGAGACAAGUCUGCAAUAACAAAGGCUUUCAAGGAAAGUGUUCAUCAGCAGAUAACAAAAGGGAAGGCCCUCAUUGGUGGAAGCUCGGAGGCAUUUGCUCUGAUCAUCGAUGGGAAAUCGCUCACUUAUGCUCUAGAAGAUGAUAUAAAGGACAGAUUUCUGCAGCUUGCAGUUGGGUGUUCAUCUGUCAUAUGCUGUCGUUCAUCUCCAAAACAGAAGGCAUUGGUUACUAGACUAGUCAAAUCUGGGACGGGGAGAACGACAUUAGCAAUAGGUGAUGGAGCCAAUGAUGUAGGAAUGCUUCAAGAAGCAGAUAUUGGGGUCGGAAUAAGCGGUGUUGAAGGAAUGCAGGCGGUCAUGUCCAGCGAUGUAGCAAUAGCUCAGUUCCGGUACUUGGAGAGGUUGCUCCUCGUGCAUGGGCAUUGGUGUUACCGGAGGAUCUCAUCAAUGAUAUGCUACUUCUUCUACAAGAACAUCGUAUUUGGCUUCUCCCUCUUUUUGUACGAGGCAUAUGCUUCGUUUUCAGGACAGCCCGCCUACAAUGACUGGUACCUGUCACUCUACAAUGUCUUCUUUACCUCACUUCCAGUUCUUGCAUUGGGAAUUUUCGAUCAGGAUGUAUCUGCAAGGUUCUGCCUCAAGUUCCCAAAGUUAUAUCAACAAGGAGUUCAGAACAUCCUCUUCAGCUGGUCCCGAAUCCUCAGUUGGAUGUUCAACGGAUUCUUUAGUGCAGCAAGUGUAUUCUUCCUCUGCACGACAGCGCUGGAGCCCCAGGCCUUCAACCAAGAUGGUCUAGUCGCAGACCGAGGGAUCCUCGGACCCAUAAUGUAUACUUGCAUUGUAUGGAUUGUGAACCUGCAGAUAGCCACGGCCAUCAGCUACUUAACGAUGAUGCAUCACUUGUUCAUAUGGGGCUCGAUCGUCCUCUGGUACCUCUUCCUGUUGGCUUAUGGGGCCAUCUCCCCGACUUCCUCAACCACUGCCUACAAGGUCUUCGUCGAAGCUCUAGCCCCGACUCCUAUCUUCUGGGUUGUCAUCCCUUUCGUGGUCAUCACGACCUUGAUCCCAUACUUCGCUUACUCGGCCAUUCAGAUGCGGUUCUUCCCGAUGUAUCAUGAGAUCAUACAGUGGAUACGGCAUGAGGAAAAAUCGCACAAUCCUCAGUCGGGUGACAUGGUCAGGCCCACAGACUGUCUACCUUCAAGGUCCCACCGCGUAACAUAAGUACCGCAGUCUCAGAUGAACUCGUCUUUCUCCUGUCUUUCCAACUCCGAAAUUCGGGAUUCUGGCCGUGCAGGUGCAGUCAUAGUAGGAUAGAAUGUAAAGUAACGUAGAAAAAUGGCAAUUUUUUUAGCUCCCCCUUAAUGAUGAAAAAAAAUAACGGUGUAGGGUACAUCUGAUAUUUAGCAUAUACUGUGUAGUUUCAAGUUUUAGGUAUCAUAGGCUUCACUUGUAAAGUAUUACGGCUACAGGUUUUUGUGUCAUUUCCAAGUUUUUGAAGAAAAUUAAAGGGGGGAGAUUUAGGAAGAUCUUCAUUGUUGAUUGUAUUCAAAAAAUUGCUGUAUGUCUUGAUAAUUUAAGAGGAGGACAUCUCGUCGUCUGGAUUUAGAUU